UUCUAUUUAUACACAAACUCACUAACACACCAAAGCACAUCUCAAAUCCUCAAAUCUCUCUCACUCACUGCUCUUUCCUCCUUUUUCAUGGCUUCAUUUGCUGUAAAGCCAGCCUUUUGUUUCCUUGUUGCUAUUUGUUCCUUCGUUGGAAACAAUGUUGAAGCUAGAGAAGGUAAGCUCUUCUUUAGCAAGUUCACUCACGUAGAUCGUCAUAACAACAAAGAGGUAGCUCCCGCUCCGAGCCUAGAACAGGCCAAUGGAAGACUCGGUGACGGGCCUUUCGGGCCAGGUUCAGGUAUGAUUCCUCAAACCAAAGAGUCAUGGCCGGUCUCAUCUACGACCACAGACGAGGAGUUCGAGAAACUGAUGGAUACAUUCGACGAAGAAAAGAACGACAACAACCAAUUGCCGGAAGAGUUUGAGAAGGAAGAAGAGUUCCAAGAAUCAGAAGAUCAUAGUGAGAAAAAUGACAAGUACAACAACAAUAAUGGAUACACUUACACAACCAACAAUCAUAACGAUAAUAGGAGAGGCUACGGUAACGAAGAAGAGAGACAAGGGAGGAGUGAUCCAAGGUUUAAUGAGAACGGUAAGUACUACUACAACACAAGAGGUCGGAGUUCCGAAAAUACACCUAGCCGCAGGUACGAGGGUGCUCGAGGAAAUGAUCAUCCAUACGAGUUCGACACUAUGGAGGAAUACUACAAGAGCUUGGAAGGUAGUCACGAGGAGUUUCAGCCUUGAAAAAAAGUCGGUGCAAAUGAACAUUUGGAGUGAUUGUUAAAUCUCAAUUUACUUUUAUUUUAUGAGAUGAGAAAUCUACAAAUCACUUAAAAUUAUAUACAAUAUUAAAAGUUUUAAUGUUUAUCCUAAUAAGCU